AAUAACGAAACGCCCAAGGCCUGAUUCUUUGAAUCUGUUCAUAGCUUCCUUUCCUCUGACUCUUCCUCUUCCUCUUCCUUCUCUUCCUCCCCUCCUCUCCUCCCCUCCUCUCCUCCCCUCCCCUUCCCCUCUUACCUCCCCCCCACGGUGUCAAUUUCCACCCCCUCCCCCAGGAAAUUCACCAUGUCGUCCCCGGAAGUGAAAGAUAUCGAGUACGGCUCGGGUGUCCCAUCGGACCCGGAGGCCUGGGAUACCGACCUCAAGGCUCCCGCCGAGGAGCAAGAUCCUUUCGGCGCGGAGCAUGGUGAGGUUCAAUAUAAGACUUUGGAUUGGUGGCAAUCUGGCUUCUUGAUGAUUGCCGAGACUGUCUCGUUGGGUGUCUUGUCUCUGCCCUCAACUGUCGCUACUGUCGGCCUGAUCCCUGCUAUCAUCCUCAUUGUCGGCCUGGGCGUGGUGGCCACCUACUCCGGUUAUGUCAUCGGUCAAUUCCGGGCGCGAUAUCCCUUCAUUCACAGCAUGGCCGACGCCGGCGAGGUCCUGAUGGGGAAACCCGGUCGCAUCUUCAUCGAGGUUGCUCAGCUGCUCUUCUUCAUGUUCGCCUCCGGUAGUCACUUGGUCACCUUCACGGUCAUGAUGAACACCCUCACCAAUCACGGCACCUGCUCUGUGGUCUUUGGCGUGGUCGGCCUGGUUCUCUCCUUCAUUUGCUCGCUGCCCCGCACCAUGAAGAACGUCUCUUGGUUUGCCAUUGCCUGCUUCAUCAGUAUCUUCUCUGCGGUGCUCAUCACCAUGAUCGGCGUGGGCGUCGAACACCCCUCCAACGAACCGAUGCAACUGACCCGCAAGACGAGCUUCGUGAACGGCUUUUCCGCCGUGACCAACAUCGGCUUCGCCUACUGCGGCCACCCGGCCUUCUUCGGAUUCAUCGCCGAGAUGAAGAACCCCAAGGACUUCCCCAAGUCGCUGUGCAUGCUGCAGGCGUUUGAGAUCGUGCUCUACACCGUCGCCUCCGCCGUCAUCUACCGCUACGCCGGCCAGGACGUCAAGUCGCCCGCCCUGGGCUCCGCUGGCCCCGUUGUCCGCAAGGUCGCCUACGGUGUCGCCAUUCCGACCAUUGUCGUCGCCGGUGUGGUCCUGGGCCACGUCGCCAUCAAGAACGUCUACGUCCGACUGUUCCGCGGCACAGAUGUCAUGCACAAGCGCAGCGCCAAGGGAAUCGGCGCCUGGAUCGGUUUGGCUGCUGGCUACUGGAUCAUCGCCUGGGUCAUCGCCGAGGCUAUCCCCGUGUUCAGCAACCUCGUCAGCUUGGUGUGCGCCCUGUUCGCGAGUUGGUUCUCCUUCGGCCUGCCCGGCGUCUUCUGGCUCUACCUCUACUACGGCAACUACUUCUCUUCGUGGCGCAAGACGCUGUUGACCAUGGCCAACGUGGGGCUGUUCCUCAUCGGCGCCACGAUCUGCGUCUGCGGUCUGUGGGUGUCGGGCGUGGCCAUCCACGACGACAGCUCCGGCAGCAGUUUCUCCUGCGCGAAUAAUGCGUGAUGUGAUGCAGCUGUAUGACGUGAUCCUUUGCAUUGCGGCGUUCCUGGGAUUUCUUUUGGGC